CUCCUUCUUCCUUCCUCCCUUCCUUCCCUCCUUCCUUCCUUCUCAUCAUCCAAUUUGCACACUGCUAUAUCUCCCCCCUCCCACCACCACCACCACCACCAUUUGUGUCUCCUAUCUGCAUCUGCUCAUCACAGUCUUCCUCUCUCUCUCUCUUCCUCUCUCUGCUGGCCCAGCUUGGUUUCCUCUGCGUGGCUGACCUGAGCGGACUUUUUCGAGCGAGCGUGGGGAGAGAAGAAAGAAGGAAGACAAAGAGUUAGCCCAUGCGAGCAGCGUGUGGACUGAGUGCAGCUGUUUCGUUCAGAGAAGAGCCCAACAUGUGAGAAGAUGUCUGUUGGAGGUUGUGCUUGUCCCGGCUGUUCGUCAAAGUCAUUCAAGCUGUACUCUCCUAAGGAGCCCCCCAACGGCGGCAGCUUUCCCCCCUUCCACCCAGGCGCUAUGCUGGACAGAGAUGUGGGGCCCACACCCAUGUACCCCCCCUCAUACAUGGAGCCUGGAAUGGGGAGACCCACACCGUAUGGGAACCAGACAGAUUAUCGGAUAUAUGAGCUGAACAAAAGAUUACAGAACUGGACAGAGGACUGUGAUAAUCUCUGGUGGGAUGCCUUCACCACAGAGUUUUUUGAAGAUGACGCCAUGCUUACCAUCACUUUCUGUCUUGAAGAUGGUCCCAAACGAUAUACUAUCGGCAGGACGUUGAUUCCUCGAUACUUUAGAAGCAUUUUUGAGGGGGGUGCCACAGAGCUCUUCUAUGUUUUGAAGCAUCCGAAGGAGUCCUUCCACAGUAACUUUGUGUCUCUCGACUGCGAUCAGUGCACCAUGGUGACCCAGAAUGGCAAACCUAUGUUCACACAGGUUUGUGUUGAGGGCCGUUUGUAUCUAGAGUUCAUGUUUGACGACAUGAUGCGGAUCAAGACGUGGCAUUUCAGCAUCAGGCAACACAGAGAAGUCCUACCAAGGAGCAUUUUGGCUAUGCAUGAUCCCCAGAUGCUCGAUCAGCUGGCUAAAAAUAUCACCAGAUGUGGGCUGUCUAAUUCCACGCUCAACUACCUCCGUCUAUGUGUGAUAUUGGAGCCCAUGCAGGAGUUGAUGUCCAGGCAUAAGACCUAUAGCUUGAGCCCCAGAGACUGCCUGAAGACCUGCCUCUUCCAGAAGUGGCAAAGAAUGGUAGCACCUCCAGCUGAGCCAGCCAGACAAGCUCCAAACAAGCGGCGGAAAAGGAAGGUGUCCGGUGGAAGCACCGUGAGCUCCGGCGGAGGCAGCAAUAACAACAGUAACAGCAAAAAGAAGAGUCCAGCCAACAGCUUUUCACUCUCCAGCCAGGUACCUGACCUGGUUGGAACAAAAACCUGUACAGUGCCGGAGCUUGAGGACCGGAGUUGAGAACCACUACGCUAAAUGUUAAACACACACACACAAACACUGACACACACACCCAGACCAGUGCACACACUAACACACACACACACACACACACACACACACACACACACAGACAGACACAGUCACCCACACACACACACAGUCACCCACACCUUCAGCAUAAAGCAUUGAGGUACUGGAGAGAGGCGGUACGCAGCAUGUCUGGACCAGAGCACCAGACGCUACAGAAGUGUGUUUUUAUUUUCUAUGUUUUAGACUUGUUUUGAUUUUGUUUUUUAUUUUUGUAAACAAUUUCUAAAAAUAAACAGACAAGCAAGCAAACAAAAACACCCCAGAAUAUUCUUUGCACUGUUUUCCACUAUUAACGGCAAUCUAUUUUUCUUAUGAAUUGACGGUGUAUUUUUUUUCUUUUCUAUUAUUGCUAAUGUAAGAACUGUAAAACAUCUGAAACCUGCAGUAUAUUAGUGUAUAAGUAUUGCUGUUAGAUCAUUCUUAUUGUGAUGGUAAUAACUUUCAUGUAAGUCUAUGCUUGAUAUAGAGUCAUCCAUCUGUGUCAGCCAUCACACUGUCAUCAGGCCCAUUGGCUUCAGUGCUAAAACAGUCUGGGGAGAUCAGUGCUAGUGUUGUAAUCCGGUACUACAUCUUGUUUGAUGCGAGUCCAAAGCAGCACACUGGAAACCAAUUUCCCCAUUAAAUUUCCAUCAAGCACCUGGUUCGGAUCUGUCGUCUUAUCAUCGCAGAAAUGUUUGCUUUGUCUUGAAAUCUCUUAUCUUGGGGUCCUCUCUUCAGACAUUAUAAUAACUGAAAACUUCUCAAAUUUGCUACUCAAAAAAUAUUUUAAAAACACAUUUUGACAGGAUUGUAAAAUAAGAAAAAAAGACUUUUGUAUUAACUUAAGUUUCCCAGAAAUGUUUUUAAUUACAAUUAAGAAAGCUGCAGACCAAGGAGCUACAUGUAAAGAUUCUUAUACUGAUUACACGGCGCUGUUUUAUGUUUUAUGAUGAAUCAUUUUGUUGGCUUUACUCCUCAUGUUUGUGUCUGUGCUUGUAUAUUUUUAGGUAGUAAUUUCUGUAAAAGUUAUUCUAUGUAUUCCUCCUUAGAACUAUGAGAAACUCAAUCUAAUGUAAAGAGAUGAAAAGCCUCUUAAAAGUUUUUUUUAAACGUGAUUUUUAAUGGUACAAUCACUGAUAAAAGAAUUUUGCCCUCAUUUUAGCAAACUGUAUUUAUUUUUCUAUGUACUGACAUUCUGUUUAGGUCCAAAUCACCUGUACAAUAUUCAUGACAAUAUAUGGAGGAAUUUAUGGCGCUGCUCAGUCUGUUAAUGCUAAUACAGGAUUGUCUAUCACUUGUGAUCAUGAAGGAGGCAUUUUAUGCUCAUCAGAUGCUUGAAAACCAGUAAAUAACCACAUUUAGAGAAUCUGUCAAGCUGUAAUUUGUCUGUUUUUCUGCCUCAUAUGCUAAAAAUGUGCCAUAAUGGUGCAGUUUUAUGAAAUUUACUGAAAUUCACCUUGAUCUUCAAUGAUGUGGUGAUUAUCGUUUUGCUCUUUGUGCUAUUUUUCAGAUAAAUUUCAAAUCUGCGUGUGAUGGAUAUUUAAUUAACGGGAAAAUAGAAGCUGCUGUAUCAGAAUUUCCUGCAUACAGUAGAAUUAAAGAAAAAAAGCCUAACUCGGCAGCACUCUAAUGCCACUCAGCUGAUCAGAUACUUGAUGGUAAUUUCCUGACUCUGCCACUAGGGGUCUCUCAGCACCAGACUGAGCAGCCUGUCAGAAAUUCCUCCAUCAUUAUACCUGGCAGAAAUGCCAUCUGUAAAUCCGCACUGAGCUGCAGGCCGUUGUGUUUAAAUCCUUAUUCAUUGUCUCCAGCACCCCUAGUCUACUUUUGUGGUGUAUCAGUUCAGCGGGCAGACUCGGAGUUGAAUCUAGGGGCAACUUAUCGACACAAUGCGUUUCCUAAGUUGACAUAAUUUGGGAAAUAUAAGGGUGUGUGAGACAGAGAUGAAAUGGCAGUGCACCCAUAGCUGGCUCUUGUAGCACCUCAUCAUAGGGGUGAUUUUAUAUCUAUAUUUUUUUGCCAGGUUUCUGUCAUUGAUAAUUCAUGUAUGGUAUCAAUAAAGAUGAAUUUUCACUGAAAAA